AUGGCUCGGCUCACGGAAGAGAUGGUUAUCGCACGAUCAAAGCAGUCGGACCUCUCCGCAAUAAAGAAAUUGAACUGUUGGGGUGCAGAGUUGGGAGACGUUACCUUGCUUCGACGAAUGCCCAAUGUGGAGGUAUUAGCGCUAAGUAUAAACAAGAUCCGCACACUUGACGACUUCGCCGGUUGUCGGCGGCUUCGUGAAUUGUACGUGCGUAAGAAUGAGAUUCGAGACCUGGCGGAGAUCCGUCAUCUGCGACAUCUGCCAGACCUCACAAGCCUCUGGCUUGAUGAGAAUCCCUGCACACAGCAUCCUGAAUACAGGAUGACGGUGCUGAGGAAUUUACCAAAUUUAGAGAAAUUAGACAAUGUUAUCGUCCAGCCUGAAGAGGUCCAAGAGGCAAUGCGACGUGGUGCUCACAUACCUGAUUCUGAUGACGAAGGAUAUCCCCAACAGCAGGAGACAUACGGUCAGUACCAACGACAGAGGUCGUGUGAGUCGAGUCCAGAGCGAGAGCCCGAGCCUUACUACGCAAGACCCGCGCCGAGACACGAACAGAAAUUGGGGUGCCAUAAAGAGAAAAGCAGAACCGGAAUCAAUCACGUUAUGCAUAAGGGCAGCGACAGUUCGGCGGAGGGUGCUCACGAGCCGCCAUCGGAGCCCCCGCGCUUCGAAACCAAUCAGCCGUGUCCCUUGUCGCCAGUACGACGCGGUGCCUCGCCAGAACCGGACGAAAGAUACGAGCAUCCAGCAAUGACCAGUUCACACUAUGAGACGCGCACUGGCCCCAGAUCGCCUGAUGCUGCUUCCUUGAGGCAUUCCGUGUCCGCACACAAUGUUAAGGAAUACUCAUAUCCUACGAAUGGCGACUGGCGGCACUGUGGUGGCGCGGUCUCAACGCCUCACUGCCACGAGCCUUACAGCGAACGUACAGACAGGUCGGAAGUGUAUCAACCGCGUGAGUGGGAGCGAGAGAGGGAGAUAGAAAGAGAGAAGCGGGACAGGGAGUAUCCGUCGGCCGUGAUGGCUGAGCACCGUGGUUUUACGCGACGACCUGUGACUAGAAACUCCAACCUGUUAUCUGCGGUGCUAUGCCUCGUCAAAGAACUUGACUACCCGAGCUUAGAGGUAGCUGAAAUGGCGGUUAGAUGUCGCAUGGAUGAGCUAGCGAACAGUCAGUGA